GGUUCUCUUCCCAGGCCCAUAUCCACCUGGUUCCAGUGGCACUGGCCAUCCUGGGCCUGGGCUCCCUGGGGCCUGGCUCUCGUUUCCUGCAGGUGGGGACACUGCUGCCUAAGUCUCAGGCUGCUGUGCCUCUGACCUUGCUUGUGUGCCACUGUCCGCUUUAAAAGGCUAUGACACUCUGCCAGGUUCUUUUCUAAAACUCACCACGGCCACCUCCCCUUCUUGCCCUAUUCCCUGCCCUCACGCAGGGGCCUCCCUCCCUCUGGGCCCCAGACUUGCCCCCCCACCAUUGCUCCUCCCUUCUUCCCACCUUGUUAGCACGGUGGUUCGUCACCUAGGGGACCUGCUGGGGACAGCUGAGGACAGCCAGAGACACAGGGACUGAUUGCUGCUCACUGAGUUCCCCCUGAGCAACCACCACCUCCAAGCCUUGCAGGGAUGAAGGGGCUGCACCCCACGCUACUCCCUCUGGUGGCUCCCUGCCCAGAGGAUGCUCCUGGCCUGGCUCUCCCUGCUCCCACUCAGCUCCGCUCUGCCGUCUGCCCAUGAAGACCUGCCUCCGGGUCUCCAUGCCCAGGGCGAGCCUCUCUCUCUGUGGCAUCCCUGAUGGAGUCCAGCUCCAAGCUCCCCAGGGAGCCGGAUUAUUGAACCUUCGAACCCCAGUGGACUUGCUACAGAAGACAGGAGAGUGUGUCUCCGAAAUCCAGCUCCAGCCUCAGGCUGCCCUUCUCCCCAGCCUCACAGCGGGGCCCUGGGCUCCUGAUCUCACGCAGAUCAGAUCGGGGCCCUGUUGUCUUUGUUUCCAGCAGCAGGAAGAGACAAGGGCCAAAAGCCAAGGAGUGCCUGCGGUUGGAUUUGUCCCUGACAAGUUGUGCGAGAGUCCAUUUUACUCUGCCUGUAGCACAGUGCCACAGACUGCCCCACCUCAGGAGACACCCAAACCGGGUCCAAGCCACAGCCUCUGCCGUGACAAAGUAAGACAGACAGGUGGUGUGAACAGCAAGGAUUUGUCUGAAAGGAUGGUGUCACCCACUUGGUUUGAUCCCAGGCCUCUCUCCUGGGCCUGCAUCUUCUCCGUGCCCUCACAGGGCCAUGCCCCCCAAUCUUCUGGGGGCUCCAGCCACCUUGAAUCGGGCCCCCCUCCAAAGACCCAUCUUCGAGGACAGACACGCUGUGGGUCCCGGGCAGCCGUCGGGUCUUUGCAGGCGGUGAUGCUCCCAGCGGGGCAAAGCCAGAGUGGGAGAGGAGACAGGGGCCUGGUGCGGUCUGAGCUGGCGCAGGCAGGGGAGCCGACUGUUCUGGCAGAGCCCUUGCCGGGCACCACCCCCAGGUGCCUGCCCGCUGCCCCCUUGGUGCUGGCCAGGGCCAGGCGGAGUAGAGAAACCACAGCUGGCCUCUGCUGUGCCUGUUUCUCCACCUGCCAUUCAGGGAGGGCCCUGAGGAGCUGUGAGCUGGAAGGGUCUGAGCCCAGGAGGCCCUGUGACCUCUGGACCCCAGCCACACACGCGGGGGACACCUUUCUCAGGACCAGGGUGCCCCUCACCUGGGGCAGCAGAGAAAAACAUAGGCCCUGGGUCCAGUCUCAGACCAGCCAGGGCUCCUAGUCCCUGGGAAGAAAGCCCUAGCUGUUUUAAGGGAUGGCGUCCUGCCCUGACCCAGAGCUGGAUUGGACCUUCUUUUGCGUGCAAAGGAAAAUUCCUGUGAGAAAAUCCAUCUGCACAGAGCCCCAGCCUCGCCGGGGUAUGAGGACCAAGGAGCACACGCCACCCAUUGGCCAGCUGCUGCGGGGGGCACCAAGUGUGGGCCCCGCUGAGCCCCUCUGCACGAAAGCACUUUCCCCGGAUGGUGACUCAGCGGCUCUCCCAGAGGACGUGGGCUGGGGAGGACCCUCGGAACUGCACUCCGGCUGCACCAGGAGUAACAUCACUCCCUUUUGCCCUCUGCCUCCUGGGAACACAAGGAGAAGGGCUCCCGAGAUCACCGCUGGACUGUGGGACUUUCGCCUCUGGAGCUGGGGGGAAGGCGUCUCUACAUUUCGUCAGAAACUCUGUCGUAAUAACACGGCCACACUGCGAAAGGAGGAUUUGAGGAUCACAGUCCUCCAACUCGAGAGCUCACGAAGAAGAGAAUGCAAGUGCCAGGCUCCGGACAGUGGCACUAAGGAAGCGAGCACUUCCUGCUCCUCGGGGAGAACCGUGCUCCUUGGCUUAGUAGGAACAGGCCUGCUAAGGCUCUGCUGGAAAGGGGGCCGGAAGUGUGGAAGGAUCGCAAACCCGGCGGCCCACGCACUGCCCAGUGCACCGGUCCUGUACUCCAGACUCUGCAGGCCUUGGCCCAGAUGUGCCAUCGCGGGACACGGACACACAGCCUAUAGGGGGCGCGCUCUGCUUGACAGCUGCAGCUGGGGCUGACCCGGAUGCCCCACAGCUACUCCAGGAAGACAUUUGCGGGACCACAGAAGGCUUGAAUUUGCACCAUUUUAGACCAAUCCGCAGACUUGAAUUUGGACCAAUCAGCAGCCUAGGAUUCAGACCAAUCAGCAAUCCCAGACUUGGACCAAUCACUGAUCUGCUGUUGUUAUUUGAGCAGCACUCUGGGCCCAGGUGUUUAGAUGGCUGCGGGAAGGCAAAUUUUGUGGUGUUUGCUCUGGCUCAGUUUAAACUGUGUCUGAUUAAGGUGCUGCUGUGAUGGUCUUAUAAACUGGUGAUCUAUUUUGUAGAUAGUGUGGCUUGGAAAAUCCUCUAAGUGUGUCUGGAAUUCUUAACCUAUGAAGUGUGGAAAAAGAGCUGUUAUCCCUGGAGGGUCGCACCGGCAGCUGGGUCAGCGGCAUUGGGUGACAUCUGGCAGUUGUCACUGACAAUUCGUGGGGGUCGGGGGAGACCAGCAGAAGCUGCUCAGACCAGCCUUGGUUGCUGAGGACCAGACUGGGGAGUGUUGGAGCCCCAGGGCAGUGACACUAAGGACUAAAGAUCAUAGGCUCCCAGAGCUGUAACACAAGAGCUGAGAGUCACUGGCACUUAAAGCCUGGAGCCACUUUGCCCGUCCAUUUUUUAAAAUUUAACCUAAUUAAGUUAAUUAAUUUCCCUGUCCGUCUUUAUGGAACAAAAGAAGCUUCUCAGGACCAGCACUGUGGCCUUGUUCCGGCAUGCCCACGGAAGCCCUGAGCUACAA